AGGCCAGAAAACAAAUGCUGAACAUAACUGCAAAACUCUUAUAGUUUUGUACAAUGAUACAUUUUUGCUCUAUUUUCUUUACAGUACUAUAUAUUUUUUCCACGCGUCUCACUGGUGGUGUCGGGAAUUGCGUGGGCGGGGCUUCGCGUCUACACGCUUGAAACCACCACUAACCGCAUCUUCAGGUUUACAGUAGACUGAGCAGGGCGACAUGAAGGAAGUCGACUGUACAGCCGGCUCUGUGACUUUGUUCCACUUGGUGGGGAAUCUGUCGCGUCUUAAUGCUCCUGAUAGUCACUAAACAUCAUGUGAUUUUUGGACAGAACGUCGUUAAAACACCGGAAACAGGUCCAAUGCGUGGACGAGGCGUGAUCACGUGUGCAGUCGUCGCUCUCCACUGGGUCCUUCUCGGGUCUGCUCUCGAGACCCACCGACCACCAAAUGACCUCGAGAUCAGAGAGAAAUGGUCCAGUGUUGACAAGCAGCAGAUCUUGCCAUGGAUGAACCUCUCAACGAUUUUGGUCAGCGGUCAUGAUGCGUGUGUGCAUCUGCAUCUACGCAUAAAGCCCCUGUCAGCCAAUAAAACCCUACGGAUCGAGUUCACUGAAUUAGCAAUUAGAAAUUUCCGCACUCUUUUGAUCUGGAGAGGUCGUCAUGGCAACAACACUAUCCGGUGGAAACAUUUGUUUGAUGACCGCAGUAGGAAGGUUAGAAUCAGAAAUCUGUCUUCCAUCAAUAAACAUCUGGAUGUCCGAAGAGAACGAGUGUGGGAGUUGCAGUAUAAGUGUUUUAUGGCCCAGGUGGGCUAUACUGUCCAUGUGGCUGUGUAUGACUUCAACCGAACGCUCAUUACCGACUCAUACACUGUAAAGCGCCCACCAGGAGUUGCUUCCAGUUUCUUGCCACUAGAAGACAAAGUACCUGUGUAUAAAGUGACAUUGGAUAUAUCUGCUAAACGGUUUAUUGUUGACAUGGAGGCAGGCCAAAAAGUGAACGUGAGGUUAUGCUACGAAAACAAAGCAGUGUGUAAUGGAAAAAUAUCUAAUAUGAUCGAUACUGAUCUUAAUCGCACAGUCACGUUAAAUUUUCCUUAUUUGGUGCCCUGUUUAUGCGUGCAGAUGUAUUACACUGCAGUUGAUGCCAGAAGACACACCACCUGUCCACUAAAAGACAAAAUACUGCCGGGAGGUGGAGAAGUGUUGUCCAGCAGCUCACUGCAGCUCUUUGGUAGCUCACUUCUCAGAUGGAAGCAUCUUUGCCCCUCGGUCCAGUUCGAACCUGCCGUCUCUCUCUGCUGGCAACAUACCAGAAACCACUCACACUGUGUUUCUGUGCAAAACUCCACCCUGCACAUGACAGACCUGAAAUACAAUGUGUCUGAUGUAGACAAGCACGCCCACAUGUGUUUGAAGUUUGUUCUGAAUGGCAGCCAUCAAGUCUUCUGCCCCUUCAGUUCAGGAGAUUUAUCUGAAUGGGAUGUUACAGUGGUUCCUGGGUCUUGGCAUCUGUAUGUACGAUUGUCCUCCAGUAUCCCAGCAUCCUUUGCUGCCCAGCUCUGUGUGGAAGAAGGUGGAGCAUGUGUCGUGAAAGAAAAUGUGCACACUGUUCAGACAGAAGAAGGUGCUAGAGACGUGGAACUGACUGUGCCUCUUUCCUUUUUCACCUCACGACUGUGUGUGCAGGUGUGGCGGUCUGAGCCUGCUCUCCGUGGAAGGAGAAUCAUAUGUCCUGAUUAUACUCACAGGAGAUGGGGUCUUAUUGCUGCUGCUUCACUGGCUCUCCUGGUUGCCAUAACAACAGUGGGCAUCUUCACCUACAAGUUGAUCAAACGGCAGACAUCAGUAUGGCGCUCGGCUGAGAGAAAACCUGUUUUGCUGGUCUGCUCCUCUGACGAAAUAAGUCAUGUUUCGGCUGUGUGUGCUCUAGCCUACGGCCUGCAGGAGGAGCUGCGCAUGGACGUGCGCCUGGCUCAGUGGGCACACUGCAGCACUCAGACCUCUCUGGCACAACUGGGCCCUGCCCCCUGGCUCUACGGCCAGUGCCAGCAAGUGCACAGCGUAGGUGGCAUGGUGCUCAUAGCCUGGAGCCCUAAAGCCCAGCAGACUUUCCUCACAUGGAGGGAGAGAGAGAGUAGUGGAAAAGUGGACAAGGAACAGAAAGACAAAACAGAAGAAUGGAGGGAUAAACAGGGACAGAGUCAGGCAGAGAGCGAGUCUUCUAUCACAGCUCCAGUGUUUAAUGCCAGCCUCAUAAGCAUGUGGGCGGGACUCCAGAGCGAGAGGCGUGGUCAAGGAUUUGGUCUUGUGUGUUUCCGAGGGUUAAGUGGAACAAGGUGUAUUCCGAAGGAGCUCAGAGGCAUUCGGAGAUACUGCCUUCCUAGAGAUCUGUCAAACCUGAUACACGAACUGGAUGUAAAUGUACAUGGGCCAAGAAGCAGGGCCCAAAACAUGAGUAGUUGGUGCUGUUGGCCCCGCCUUUUCUCCAAAGGACUGUCUUUCUGGUUGUCGCAGAGGCUCGCUCAGAGACUGGACGCAUGGCUUCCUCAGACAGCAGCGAAGCCAGACAGGAAGCGUCUUCCGAAACCAUCACAUAAAGCUGCCAGCGAAAAGACGUUAAAGAAAAGGAUGAAAAAGAGAAAGAAAAGAAGGGAAAAUUUCAAAUGUCAACAUGCAGGGCCGGACAAAAAUGUAGAAUGUAAUCCGGUCACACAGAAACCGCUACUAGCGUAAUUUAUGCUUUUAGAGCUACACAUUUCGAGUGGACAAAAUGGACAAGGUGGGGGGUGGUGGGGGGUGAAGGUGGGAGGUGGUUGGGUUGGAAUGGGGGGAUCAAUUUUACAUUGACUGAAUGACAUCCUUAACUCCUUACCAUUACCAGAGUGCUCGUUUUCAUUAAUGCUGUAUACCUCAAAUGGUUCAAGUUGUUUCUGGCCCCAACCCGUCCUUAUCAAGCAUUUCUCCAGUUCCAUUAAAAUUAUGUAGAAUCUGAAAAAACGGUAAAGUAUUGAGUACUGUUGUACUGAAAUGUUUAACUGUGUAUAGGCGCAACUUUCUCAUGUUGUAACCUAUGACCUCAGCUCUUGGUAGUGUCAUUUGACCACAUGCUCAAAAAUGAUCACGCAUACACCAUGAAUGCAUCUUCAUUUAUGAGUAGUGAUAUUUUUACAGUAUUAUUUGUACGUUUUCUCAAAACUGCAGGCAGUGGAAAAUCAGCAGGAAGGGUUCUGUGCUAGUAAAAUAGAAAGAGGCUGUAGAAGACCAUUGAGCAUGGCCCUCAGCCCUUAACUGCUGUGCUAUGUGUGUAGAUUAUAUUUUUAAUAUAAUAUAAUAAAGAAUAUUAAGUAAUAA